AUGGGACUUACUGACGAUUUCGACGAGGAUGACCGUCCUCAACUAGAUCCUUCCACUCUUGCUCUUCUCCAAGAGUUUUACACCGAAAGAGACGAAAGGCAAAAACAAUUCGAAGACUUGAAAGCAAAGGCCGAAGAUGAAUUCGACAGUUCGAAACCUCUUUCUAUGGAUCUGUUUGCAGAGAGCUGGCAGGACAGUCAGUUCUGGUACAAGGAUGAGACAGCAACGAUUCUGGCUGAGCAGUUACUGGAUGGUGUGACAGAAGACAGCAAGAUUGCUGUUGUUUCUGCACCGAGUGUUUACAUUCAGUUGAGAAAUUUGCUUAACGACCGUGAAAGAUACCCUAUACGACCAAAGCUCAUGCUUCUGGAAUUCGACGAGAGAUUUGCAGUAUUCAAGGAUGACUUUACUUUCUACGAUUACAAGCAGCCUACCAAGUUGGAUCCCAGCCUCAAGGGCUCCUUCGACAGGAUUAUCUGCGAUCCUCCAUUCUUGAACGAGGACUGUCAAUCAAAGGCUGCACUCACUAUCCGCUGGCUGGCCAAGACAUGGGAGGCACCUCUCAGACUCAUCCAAUGCACCGGAGAGCGCAUGGAGUCACUUGCUCACAAGCUUUACGGCAAGGCUGGCAUGCGUACCACUACUUUCCUUCCAGAGCACUCGAAGGGCCUGAGCAACGAGUUCAGAUGCUACGCCAACUUUGAGUGUGAUGCUUGGAAGUUCCAGUCAUAA